AUGGGUAGUGGAGGUACUAGCACCAUAUUCACAGUUAAAAAUGAUGGUUCAAACACUGCAGUAGGCAAGGUGUUUGACGAGUUUGGAACCAAGUACUGGGAGGAAUUGCUGCGCGACGCCAAAAAAUUCUGCAAGGAAAAGUUCGGCGAGGUGAAGGAUCAUUCCACCGUCACCCUCGUCGUCGUGGAAUUGCAACGAGGCAUACCAGCAGUAACAGUAGGUGAUAAGAUUGAGCUCUCGGCCCACUAUAUUGUGGAAAAAAAAAAUGAUAAGAAGGAGAUCAAGGGCGUGAUAUACCAUGAAUCCGUUCAUGUUUGGCAGAACAACGAAGGCAAUUAUAGAGAUGCGAAAUUCCGUGGCGUGAUAGAAGGUGUGGCUGAUUGGAUCCGGCUCCGAGCAGAUCUUGCACCCCCUCACUGGAAAAAGGCACCCUCUGCACACUGGUAUGAUGGGUACGAGACAACUGCCUACUUUCUGGAUUGGAUAUGCUAUCGUUACGACGAGAAUUUUGUAAAGAAAUUGAACAAGAAGAUGAAGAACUCGUGGAGCGAAGACUUUUUCCAACAGAUUGUUCACAAGGAGGUGGAAGAGCUGUGGAAUGAGUAUAAAAGAACCCCAUAAAAUUAGAGUAGAUUACGCACUCUGUGGUCUGAAUGAUCGGGAACUAAAAGGAGCCGACGAUGUUUUUCACUUACUUGGAAUUCAUGAUAACUAAUGCCCAUAUUUAUGUCUUUCCUAGUUAACGAGCAAUUUCGGUGCUUGUUAAAAGUUCGAAUCUGAAUACAUUGUCGUUCGGGUAUUCCCUGUU